CUUCUAUAAAACACCUCCUUUGAGUUCAUGAGCAAAUGCCCCAUUUCUCUCACACAGAAAGCCAGAAUGCUUCCUUCAGCAAUAUUCAUCCUCCUACUCUUCCUUACCUUCCUUUGGUAUCUCAUCCACAUCCUGACCACUGCUUUCCAGAGGCCAAAACACCGAAAGCAACUGCCAGGGCCUUGGGCACUACCAAUAAUAGGUAACUUUCAUAUGCUAGGCAACCACCCACACCACAGCCUCCAACACUUAGCCAAAAAAUAUGGCCCCAUAAUGUCCAUUCGCCUCGGCUUGGUACCCACCAUAGUGGUCUCAUCUCCUCAAGCUGCAGAGUUGUUCCUUAAAACCCAUGACACCGUCUUUUCUAGCCGCCCCAAACUCCAAGCCUCUGAGUACAUAUCGUAUGGUGCAAAGGGUAUUGCCUUUACUGAAUAUGGUCCAUACUGGCGCCAUGUUAGGAAGCUUUGCACAAUGCAGCUUCUUUGUCCGUCAAAAAUUGAGGAUUUUGCUCCGUUAAGAAGGGAGGAGGUGGGGUUGUUGGUGCAGUCGCUAAAGAAAGCCGCGGAGGCAGGUGAGGUGGUGAAUCUUAGUGAAAAGGUCGGUGAGCUUGUUGAGGACAUAACAUAUAGAAUGGUAUUGGGGAGUAAAAGUGAUGAUAUGUUUGAUAUCAAGACAAUUAUUAGGGAAGUCAUGUCCGUGCUAGCUUUAUUCAAUAUUGGCGAUUAUGUGCCUUUCCUCAGGCCACUGGAUAUUCAGGGAUUGACCAAACGCAAUAAGAGAAUUAGCAAGAUGGUCGACCAACUUUUUGAAAAGAUAAUAUGGGAACAUGAACAAGUUUCUAAGAGUGAGCAAGUACAAGGCCAUCAUCAUCACAAGGACUUUGUUGACGUGCUGCUUUCAUUAAUACACCAGCCAUUAAAUCCCAACGAUGAGCAAGGCUACAGGAUUGAACGAACAGAUGUGAAAGCCAUCUUACUUGACAUGAUUACGGGUUCCUUUGACACUUCAGCUACCGCAAUUGUUUGGAACCUUGCCGAACUGUUGAGGCACCCGAGGGUGAUGAAACAUCUCCAAGAAGAGCUCCAACGUGUGAUCGGAACAGACCGAAUGGUGGAAGAGAGCGAUCUGCAAAAGUUGAGUUACUUGAAUGCGGUGAUCAAGGAGAGCUUUAGGCUACACCCAAUUGCACCAUUUUUAGUUCCUCGGGAAUCCAUGCAGGACGUUACGGUCGAUGGAUAUUACAUACCUAAGAAAUCGAAAAUUCUAAUAAACACUUGCGCUAUUGGAAGAGAUCCUAACGUUUGGUCAGAUAAUGCGGGAAAAUUUUACCCUGAAAGGUUUAUAAAUAGCAAUGUUGAUCUUCGGGGGCAUGACUUCCAGCUUCUACCAUUUGGAUCUGGCAGAAGAGGUUGCCCUGGUAUGCAAUUAGGGUUAACCACAGUUCGGCUGGCUCUGGCAAACAUUGUCCACUGCUUUAACUGGGACCUUCCAAGUGGCCUCCUACCUCAAGACUUGGACAUGACUGAGACGUUCGGCUCGGUGCCGACAAAAGCCCAACACUUGUUCGCCAUGCCGACCUACCGCCUGGAGACGAAAUAGACGUUUAUCCGUUUUCUAUCAUUAUACUAAAUGCCGUAAGAAAUUAUAUCAGGUCGGGUGGCUUGAAUAAAUGUACGUGUCUUACAUGUCAUGCAUGGUGAGACUUCUAUUGUAACUAUAUCUUAAUGUGCUGAGAACACGGCUUUCUAUUAUAGAUUUGUAACCAUAAAUAAACACUUAUUUCUAAUCUAAAUAACUUUAAGCUUUUAUUUA